GUAUAUAAAUAUGUACUUUUCCUUUUAAUGGUGCCAUCUAUUAGUUCUGGAGAAACCCGAGUGGGAACCCCGUUUAUCCUUUCCUAAAUUCUCCAGCAAAAACAAGAAUUUCUUUGGAAUCUAAAUAGUGGGAUGAGCGAAUACUUGAACUCAGUUUUGAAUUUGGCAUCUAUUUCUCAUUGUCGGAAGAACAGUGCUGGAUUCUACCAAUCCUACAUGAAUCUUUUCUUUUUUCUUGCAACACAUGUUUUUAGAACUUCAGUAUCUCUAUGGUGCCAGGAUACUGUUUCUCUCUCUCUCUCUCUCUCUCUCUCUCUCUCUCUCUGUGGAUCAAAGUAUUUAGUCUUUUUCUUUUUCAGGGUUGUGCAAGUAAAUAAAAGUGAUUUAGAGUAUUUAGUAAUUUUCAAGAGUUGAAAAUAAUUUUAGCUUUUUUCCAUUGUUUGGUUGAAUGAUAAAGCACUUCAUCAACUCAGCUCAAACAAAGAUUUCAUAGUUUCAGACCUUUUUAUUCUAAUCGAACUUUUCUUCCUCAAAGAUCAUAAUUUUCAAUGCUGUUGGUCGUUGCUGUGAAAGACUCAUGAAACCUCCAAUCCCCUGCCAAUAGAUGUACCCAUUGUUACCUCUGUGAAGACUGUGAUUAUGACAAAGGAAUUUGGAGAAGAAAUGUUGGAACUUUAUGUCGGCAGUCAUCUAACAGAGAUGUUCAGUCCUGCAGACGUGAAUAUCAGUAACCAAUUGGGAAACCAAACACUUUUUUUUUUUUAAGGGAAAAGGAACUUUGGUUGCUCAGGAAUCUCAUGGAUGUAAGGCAGAAACUCAAUUUGAUCUGAUUUUUUUUCUUCUCUAUGUUUCAGCUAAGCCGCAGGUGACGGUCCAUGGAGCCUGACAGGCUAAAUUCUCCAGAUACUUCAGCAAUUUUAUUUGAAGUUCUUGGCCACCAACUUCAAUUUUCUCAGGAUCCCAAUUCCAAGCAUUUAGGGACCACAGUGUGGGAUGCAUCAAUGGUAUUCGCAAAAUUUCUGGAGAAAAAUUGUAGAAGGGGAAGGUUUUCCCCAUCUAAACUGAGAGGAAAACGCGUGGUUGAACUUGGGGCAGGCUGUGGAGUUGCAGGGUUUGGCAUGGCAUUACUUGGAUGUGAUGUCACUUCAACUGAUCAAACUGAGGUUCUACCAUUGCUUAUCAGAAAUGUUGAACGCAAUACUUCUAGUAUAGUGCAGAUGAAUUCUGGAUCAGAUUCCUUUGGCUCCAUCCGGGUGGCAGAGCUGAACUGGGGUAAUGAAGAUCAUAUAAGGGCUGUUGAUCCGCCAUUCGACUACAUCAUUGGCACUGAUGUUGUUUAUGCGGAGCAUCUCUUGGAGCCACUUUUACAAACUAUCCUUGCGUUGUCUGGACCAAAAACCACAAUUUUGUUGGGAUAUGAAAUUCGUUCGACAAAUGUCCAUGAAAGAAUGAUGGAAAUGUGGAAGGGAAAUUUUGAGGUGAAAAUUGUCCCUAGAGCAAAGAUGGACAAUAAGUACCAACACCCAAGUAUACAACUUUACAUUAUGAACCUAAAGCCUUUAGAAAGAACAAAAAUCACAAGAGAAUGUGUUGAUCAACCAAUUGAAGAGGUUGAAACUGGACCAAUUAAAAAUGGAUCAGAUGAAGAUUGCGACGCUAGUUGUGGAGUUGAUGAGGUGACUGAGGUUGAAGUUGAAAAUGCCAGUGGACGCAUGGUCCCAGUUCCCGAUCUCCAGGAUAAAAAGCUUAGUGAAUGGGAAGCAAGAAGAUAUGGUGCUAUGGCUGCUCGGCUGCUUCGCGAUAUCAAAAUAUCCUAGAAGAUAUGAGCACCUAAAAUGGCGUGUUUUUUUUCCUUCAUUAGACUGCUAAAGCAAUGAAGAAAGAAUGGAGCUCCAAUAGAUUAUUGAAUUGUGACACUGGACCUUGUUCCGUGCUACCAUAUCUGGAUUACCUCCAACACAAGGCCAUUAGAUUUGCUUCUGCAACUGGAAAAGUUUCUGCAAUUACUUGCCAUUAUCAAUGAACAGGCCUAAGCAAAUUGGAUUCCUCAUCCUUGUGAUGAUGCUUCACCAUUUGUCAAUCAUCUGUAGGCUGCAUCUACCUCAAUGUUCAAUAUAUGGUGAAAAAAGAGAGUUUGGAAUGCUUACUUAUUAUGGCUGCUAAUGCUUAAUGAGUAUAUGAUCUUAUUCCUGUAAAUGCUACAUUUACAGUUAUCAAAACUUCCUUUCGUUUAAA